UCUUUUCACGCGCCUGGCGCUUCAGAUGGCAAAACGUGCCUCACCAGGCAAGUCCUGGGGCAUGACCCCUGAGGACACUCCAAUGGAUCCGGAAGAGUUGAAGCAGGUCUUUCGGCGGAUCGACUUGGACAGCAGCGGCACGCUGGAGCUGGAGGAGCUGGAAACCGCGGCACGAGAGCUGGGUGUCCGGUGUUCCAAGAACUCGCUGAAGAAGGUCUUCAAGCUGAUUGACAUAGACCAGAGCGGCUCAAUCGACUUCGAGGAAUUUAGUAUUUUCUUUGCCAAAGUUAGCAAUCCCGAUCGAAUCAAGGAAGUCCUUUCAGCAGCGAGUGCCGCUUUCUUGGACUACAGGAACAGCGUGGAGAAUGAUCCCUGCUUUGCCAAGCACUUCCCAAUGCCAAGAUCCACGAAGCCCGUCUUGCGCUACAAUCGGCAUUUCAAUGCCACGGUUGAAAGCGUCAAGUGGGUGGGCGACGGAAUCUUUCUGGCGGCAACUGGAGAGGGCAAGUUGGUCUCGUGCGACAUUGCCAGCCGUGCAGACGAGAACCUGAAGACGUGCGCUGCGGGCGAAUCGGUGUAUUGCAUGGAUGCGCAUGCCGGUGGUCGUGGAGUUCUGGUGGGCUAUGGCAAGAAAACGGACAACUUGAGCUUGUGGAACAUGGCUGAAGGAACUCGCCUUCAGACCUUCGAAGGUCAAACGAGCCAAAUCUUUUCUUGCUGUCUCGGAAAGAACUUUACCCUUUCAGGCAGCAAGGAUGGCAUGGUGGUCCAGAACGACAUCGAAACAGGAACUUGCAUUCGAACUUGGCAAGUUCAUGAAGGUCUUGUGACCUCCAUUGCGUUGGCCAGUGAUGGACACCAGGUGGCAACCACCUCGCGAGACGGCCGAGUGGUGGUCUUCGACGUCAAUGCCGGUUCCCUGCCAUCGUGUUUGGUGUCGGAUAUCGAGGAUGCGGCCGCUGGCUACACCGUCUGCCAGGCCCUGUGGUGUGGAAAGGAUGAACUUCUCUCAGCAGGAGACGACUACUGCGUGAAGAGAUGGGACAUCAGGAAUCAGCGGGAUCCGCCUCUGGCGAGCUACAUGGGCCACACCUCGUGUGUCAGAAGCUUGGCGUUGUCUCCGGAUGGAUCGCUCUUCGCAUCUGGGGCGGCGGAUAGUUCUGUGAGGCUGUGGGCUUUGAAUCCCAGCGGCCUCAGGAGCCGUUUGACAAAGACCGACGAUGGUGGACGUGUUAGUGACCUUCUGUCGGAGCUCAAACAGCGACGUGAGCAGGUCAUCGAGCGGGUUCACGCCGGUGAGGGGGAUCCCGCUGAAGUCAGAGAGCUCACCGAGGAGAUCGAAACGCUGGAACGUGUCGCAAAGGACAAGACCGAUGAGGAGAUCAUCGACUCUGCGGGCUAUGUGCGAGCUUUGCUGGGUCUUUCGGGUCACUCCCUCACUGUUGGCACAUUGGCCUGGCAGGAUUGUGCAGGCAAACACCGUCUCAUUUCUGGUGCCCAGGACGAGUCGGUCUGCCUCUUCGAGUUCAACGACGACGAAGUCAUGGAGGGUUUCUCCACGAUGUCGCGGCAAUGUUCCCAAUGAGCCGGUGGUGCCCGGGAGAAGAAAAAAGUGGAUGCAGAUCUGAGAUGGUUUCUGA